AUGCGGACAUGGUCCAGGACAGGCGGUGUUUCAUUGAGUCUCAAGAACUCUCUCGCCACAACACGUCGGACAUACGCGACAGCACCGCAGAACAGCCAAACUCUUUCCCUCCGUGACGGUCGCACUCUCGGAUACGCCGAGUAUGGGAACCCUAAAGGCUUUCCACUGCUGUAUUUCCAUGGUUUCCCGUCGUCGCGCCUCGAGGGCUCUGCAUUCGACGACCUAGCACGGCAGCGGAAUCUCCGCGUCGUCGCGCCGGAUCGGCCUGGAUACGGUCUAUCCACAUUCCAGCCCAAUCGCCGGAUCAUGAACUACCCGGCUGAUAUUCAGCAACUGGUAGACUCGCUAAGAAUCUCGGAAUUCGUGGUUUUGGGAGGCUCUGGCGGCGGACCAUACGCACUUGCCUGUGCUCACUCGCUACCGCAUGAGAGACUGUCGGGCGUAGGUAUCAUAGCGGGAGCCGGCCCUUGGGAAGCAGGGAGACAGUAUGUCUCGACGGGAAGGAAAUUGACAUCGCUCGCGGCGACUCACUCCCCGACGGCACUUAGAGUGAUCUUGGAUGCUUUUGUAGGUGUCUCCCGCUGGGCCGCGAGCACAAGCCCUGCAACCCGGUGGCUGGAUGACUGGCUCGAGAAGCAAGAGAGCGCGGAAGAUAGUGCACUGUUAACCGAGGAACGGCGCGAAAUGAUGUUGGCAAUGGUAUUCGAAGCAUUCGCGCAGGGAGGUGCUGCGACUGUGCAGGAAGCCGUUCUCUUGACGCACGAUUGGGGGUUUCGGUUUGAGGACGUCACCUACAACAGCGUCCGAAUCUGGCAUGGCCAAAAAGACGCGCAGCCUCCGAUUGAGAUGAUUCGCUAUAUGGCCGAACGGUUACCGCAUUGCGUACUUCACGAAAUUGAAGGAGGGACUCACUUUACCGUGGCCGGCUAUAUCGAGGAAAUUCUGUCAGAGCUCGUUCCUGAGGAUGUGCUGAAGGGGUAUUUGGCUGCGUCUUAA